AUGGCUCCCUAUACCAAGCCAGAGGCGGUCCUCAAACAGGCCGAGGGCCUCAUCUCUGUUGGACAACAAUCGGCUGCCCUGCAAUCCCUUACCGAAAUGUUCUCGUCGAAACGUUUCAGAACCACUCCUCUGGCUUCUCUGGAACCUAUCGUUCUCCGAUUCCUGGAGCUUUGCGUCGAUCUUCGCAAGGGACGCACCGCUAAGGAGGGGUUGAUGCAGUACAAAAAUAUUGCCCAAAAUACCUCAGUUGCAAGCAUCGAGAGUGUCGUUAAAAAGUUUAUCCAACUCGCGGAUGCCAAGGUUCAAGAGGCACAAGAGAAGGCCGAUCAGCUGGUGGCUGUUGAUGAUGUCGAUGAUCUUGAAGCUACAGAGACUCCCGAGAAUGUGCUCCUCAGUGCUGUCAGUGGGGACCAAAAUAAAGAUCGCACUGACCGCGCCCUUGUUACGCCUUGGUUGAAGUUUUUAUGGGAAAGCUACCGUACAGCAUUGGAGACUCUCAAGAACAAUGCUCGCUUGGAAGCCAUUUAUCAGCAAAUCGCUGCACAAGCCUUCAGGUUCUGCCUGAAACACACUCGUAAGGUCGAGUUCCGUCGUCUUUGCGAAACCUUGCGUCUGCACCUUGCCAACGUCGCGAAAUAUGUCAACCAAGCCUAUUCAAUCAACCUCGCCGACCCAGACACGCUUCAAAGGCAUCUUGAUACUCGGUUCGCCCAGCUCAAUACUAGUGUGGAACUGGAGCUUUGGCAAGAAGCAUUCCGUUCGGUUGAGGAUAUUCACAACCUGCUUACCAUGGCGAAGAAGGCACCACGACCUGCCAUGAUGGCCAACUACUAUGAAAAGCUUACGAAGAUCUUUUUGACCAGUGGCAAUGCGCUCUUCCAUGCAGCUGCGUGGGCCCGAUAUUAUUCUGUGCUUCGCGCUGCUGGUGGGGGAGGGAAGACAGAAGAGGAAAUGAGUAGGUUGGCUGGUCAGGUUUUGGUCAGCGCACUCGCUGUCCCCGUAGGGGUCGAGAGUGAGGAAGAAUCUUCUUCCAGUCGUCGCAAUAAUACUCGAUUAACUGCUCUCCUCGGAUUAUCCAAACCUCCGACCAGGGCGGGCCUAUUAAAGGAUGCGCUCGCUCGUAACACUUUGAAAUUAUCUCCUGCUUCUGUCCGCUCCUUGCAUAAUCUUCUCGAGGUUACAUUCCAGCCUUUGACACUUUGUGAAUCCGUCGCUCCUAUUGUGGCACAACUUGCCCAAGACCCCUCAUAUGCGCCCUACUUACCCCUUGUCCACCGUGCCGUUCUCUCGCGACUGUUUACACAACUCUCAGAAGUCUACAGCUCUGUCCGCACUUCACACAUCUAUGAACUGGUUGCGCCCCUCAACGCCAACAUUACUCCCGAUACACCGGGCCUGAAUUCUGAAGCUCCAUACACCCCCGAACGAAUUGAGCUUUUCGUGAUGGGGUGCGCUAAGCGGGGAGAACUUCGUGUAUUGGUCGAACAUAUUGAGGGAAAUGUCACAUUUGUUGAGGAGUCCCUACCACGUACUCGUGUUUCCGAACUCGCUCGUGCGCUGCAUACAUCCCUACUCAAAAUCGCACCUCCACCCUCCGCCGAGGAAUCCGCUACCGAGAAGUUCGCAGCUCUUGUCAAAGGGGCUCAGGAAGAUCGUCGAAGGCUUCUAAUCCAGCGCGCUGUUGUUGCACGUAGACGAGAACUCGCAACCGAGCUCCAAAUGCGCCGGGAACGCGAGGAGGCUAGUCGCCGGGCAGACACUGUUAAACGAGAGCGACUCGAAGAAGAACACCGUGCUCAACAGGAGCGCCGCGAGAAGGAGAGGGCUCGUGUUCAAAAGGAGAUCGAAAAUGUGCGUAAAGAAGAAGCGAGGAAGCUUGCCGAGCAACUGAAGGCUCGGGGUAACCUUAAAAUCAACGAUGUGGAACUCGAGGAGAUGGAUACUACAAAACUCAUCCAACUCCAAGUAUCGCAGAUCGACCGCGAGAAGAAAGAGCUCAACGAUAAGCAGCGUAUUAUUUCGAAACGAGUCGAUCAUAUCGAACGUGCGCUUCGCAAAGCUGAGAUUCCCCUUCUCGAGCAGGACUACGAGAGACAGCAGGCAGACGACAAGGCCGCUCACGAAGCAUCGAACAUCGCGACCAUUACGAACGCCGAGCAGGCUCAUCGUGAGGCUGUAGAGACUAAGCAACGGCUAGCGAGAAUGAUGAAUGACUAUAACGAUCUCAGGCGUAAGAUUGCCGGACAGCGUGAGGUGGAGCUUCAGAAGAAGAAGGCCGAAAUGAAGGAGAAAAUUGAUAAUGCUAAAGCUGCUAGGAGAGAGAAGGUUCUCAAAGAAAGGGAGGAGGCUCGCCUGGCCGAAGAAGCUCGCAAAAAGGAGGAAGAGCAACGUGCUGCGGAGCAGGCUCGCUUGGAGGAAUCACGACGUGCGGAGGAAGAGGCCAAACGCGCCGAGGAAGAAGCUGUUGCCGCUGCUGCUGCUGCCAAGCGCGAGACACAAUUGGAAGCUAGGCGCAAAGAGCAAGAGGCAGCCCUUGCGAAACUCAAGUAUGAAGAGGAAGCUGAGAAACGUCGCGAAGAGCGCCGUCGCGGGCAAGGAACACCAGGGGCAACAGGAACGACAGGAGCGGCAGGAACAGCAGGAACAGCAGGAACAGCCUCACCAAGGCCAAACGGUGCCGAUUCGGGAGCUGGUGCAUGGCGUAGCAAGGCAGCAGCAUCCGCUUCUGCCAGUACUCCACCGAGUGCACCAUCAACUCCCGCAGCUUCAGGCGGAAAGUGGGUACCUCCUGGUCGCCGUGCGGCAGCAGCAGAGCCUCCUGCUUCCACCGGAAGCCCCGGGUCUCCUUCCCCUGCCGCUGCUGCGUCUCCGGCGGCUGGUGGGUGGCGUGCGCGUGAAGCUGCCAGGGCCGCAGCUGCAGCCGCGGGCACUGGUGGAUCUCCCAACCCAUCAUCAACACCCGACCAACAACCAUCGACCCCAGCGACCGAUAACGACGGAUUCCAAACAGUGCCUUCUCAGGCGAAAUGGCGCCCCAGUAGAGGCAGAGGUAGCGGGUUUGGUUCGGCUGGUCGAUCAUAA